CGGCUGAGUGACAGCCUCAUUUCAGUGUGUUCGCCUUGAAGCUGCGUUCGCCCCGCCCCUUUCGAAAUUUCGUGUAGCCAAUCAUGCGUGUCCCCCUCAAACUAUCGGGCUGAGGAGUCACGCUGCUGGAGCGAAAGGGGAAAAGACACCCGAUAUCACUCGCAUGGCGCACGGGUAACCGGAUCAGUUUUGGGCAGAAACGAGGCGGGGUGACGGACUAAAGGAAUCUGAGGUGAAGAAUAAAAGCAAUGUCUGUUUCCUCUUGUGAAGUGACAGUGGCAGGCGAGAUCAAAAAGGAAAAUGUAAAGUACGCGGAGCCCCUCGAGAGCUCCACGGACAGUCGGGGGCACGUCAAACUCCUGAUUCUGGACACUCCAGUGGCCAACGGGAUGCUCGUCAGGCAGCAGCAGACCUCUCCUUUGGAGCGCAAGAUGCCCAUGGACUCUUUGUCUUCGCACACUUCACCCACAGCAGCCGCGACCUCUUUGGCUUUCUCACCGGAGCAAGUUGCAUGUGUUUGCGAGGCGCUUCAGCAGGGGGGCAACGUGGAUCGACUCGCCCGGUUUCUUUGGUCUCUCCCGCAGAGCGACUUACUGCGCGGGAAUGAGAGUAUCCUUCGCGCUCAGGCGCUGGUGGCUUUCCACCAGGCGCGUUACCAGGAGCUUUACAGCAUCUUGGAGAGCCACAGUUUCAGCCCCUCAUGCCACUCUGCCCUGCAGGACUUAUGGUACAAAGCCCGGUACACGGAGGCGGAGAAGGCCCGCGGUAGACCACUGGGCGCAGUGGAUAAAUAUCGCCUGCGACGUAAGUUUCCGCUGCCCCGGACCAUCUGGGAUGGAGAGGAGACGGUAUACUGCUUCAAAGAGCGCUCCAGGAACGCGCUGAAGGACCUCUAUAAGCAGAACCGGUACCCGUCCCCAGCCGAGAAAAGGAAUCUGGCCAAGAUCACAGGACUGUCCCUCACACAGGUCAGCAACUGGUUCAAAAACAAGAGGCAGAGAGAUAGAAACCCGUCAGAGGCGCAGUCCAAAAGUGAGUCAGAUGGAAAUCACAGUACGGAGGAUGAGAGCAGUAAAGGUAGGGAGUCUCUGUCCCCGUGCCCAAUGUCAACGUGUGCUGAUGGGACCAUGGGUAAUGCAAUUCUUCCUCUCUGCUCUGGAGCUCUGGAGGCCGGGGUCAUUGUCCAGCAGGCUGGAGACAGCAGGACCUCUGUCUCGCCACCGUCCGUCAUCUUUAACAGAGUCUCAGUCAACACUCCCACCUCUGUUUUCCACAACGGCACCCCUUCCUUUCUCUCCACCACAGGACAUGUCCUGUUCAGUGGCAUGAACUUGGGACUCCAGUCCCUAGCUUGCAGAUCAACAGCAGAUGUGGAGAUGGAUGGUACAGGACAAAUUAAAGGGGUAACAGCAGAUCCUGCGCUGGCGUACCCCUCAUUUCACUGCAAUGGGAAUGGGACAGACACAGAGGUGAAAGCAGAGGAUGUGAGGCAGGAUGUGUCGGUCCAGGACCAGACCACGUCCAUUAGCUCAGCAUUCACUGUCACCCCAUCCAACGGCUUGCAGCUUGAAGGUUACAACUUGGUUCCUGAAGGCAAUGGGACCUCGCUACUUAGUAACAAGGUGGCACUUCCUCCCUUGCAACUCUCAUCAUCUUCUUCACCCUCAUCAGUCACACAAGGCGUUGCUGAUGGCAGUUCUCCCACAGGUCUGUGCCACAACCAGGUGGAGAGACAGGACAGGCUGCAGCUGACCCCUCUUGAGUCCAGCACAGCACUCUACAGUCUAAGCUGCAUUCACACACUGUCUGCCGUGAAGAAGGAACCUUUGGAGACUCCUGAUAGAUACCUUUACCACCUGGGUUACAGUCCUGACCCCACCCACAGCUCCCCCACCACACUUAACACCACCAUUUCAACCACCCAGCAAGACUACACCACUCUCACAGUGAGCGCACCCUUACUCGCCCAAACAGACCUUACUAGUGAGUUCAGAGGUCAUGAUGCCCAGAUGACCUCAAACCUAAAUGGAGACUUCCUAUGUGCAGUUUCAGAGGGAGGGAAGGGAGAGAUGAGAGAAGUGGAGGAUGAAGGGGGAAAACAACUGACAAAACUAAAAACAGUGCAUAUAGAGGAAGAGAUGACUGACCUCUGAAUGUGGAGAAGUGGAGAAGGAGGUAAAAUACUUUUUUACAGAAAAUCACAACAUUAUUUUGAAUUAUUGAUUGAGGGUUUUUUUAUGUUUUCAGCCUCUGAAUGUUUUGUAUUAUUCUGAAUUAUUUUGGCAAAUCUGUCACUUGCUUUGACUCCAGUUUGAUUUGGAGAAUCUAUGCAAAGUCUGGAGAACAUUUGGAGAACUUUUUUUUCCCCUCUUUCUCUCUAUUUCCAUUGUGUAUAACAGGGAUAUUCAAACUGGGGUCCAGGGACCAUCAGAGGUCCAUGUGAUUUUGCUAGGGGGUCCGUGGAAAAAUUUACCAAAAAUAUAGUAAUAUAAAUAAAUUAAUUACAUAAAUAAAUAAAUAAAUAAAUAAUUGGCAUCAUUAUUGUUUAAUUCUGGCUGAAAAUCCAGAGAUUAAUUACAAUUAUUUUAUUUUUUGAAUUAUUUUAUUCCUUGUUUCUCUACUUCUAACAAAACUGUUAUGUAGAAAAAAGACACAAGAAACAGAGUAACAUAAAAUAAACUUUUAUGAAAAUAUUUUCCAGAUAAUAUUAUAAACACAAUUAAAAUAUAUUUAUAUUUUUCACAGGAGAAACUGGAUCUUUAUACACAAACAUAAGUAACUGCCUUUUGUAUCUUAGGAAUGGGCUCCCUUGGAAGGGAAUAACCAUGGGAGUCCAAGGUAUCAAAAAUUUUUAAAACCUCUGGUAUGUAAAAGAAGAAUAUUUUUUUCAUAUUUGCCUCCAUAUCCCUUCCAUCAAUCAUUUCAUACUAUUUUAAGUGUUUUCAUGAAUUUUUGAGCUACAGGUACUAGACAGCUUUUAUUUUCUCUCUGUCACUCACUCUAUCUCUCUUCCUCUCACACUGGGGAGUGUAGACGUAUGUGUGUUUUAUGAGAGUCACCUGCUAGUUUCUGCCAAGAAGAGUUGAGUUUAGCAGACAGGUGGACAUCUGGUCAUGUGUCAUCUGAGUCAAACCCUUAAAGGUCACCCCGCUAUGGAAACACACAUGCACAGACACACUUUAUUCCCAUGCAGAUUUAAAAUGCUAAAUCCAUGACAAUAUUUGUGGCAUUGUCAUAGUCAUUACAUUGCCUACAGCUUCCGAUUACAUUAAUAAUAGGCAAAUAAUAUGCAUUGUAGACAAACAACACCAAUAUCAAUACAAAUACAAAAUGUUUGCUUAUACAAAUUAAGGGAUGAGUCAGAAUGGUUGGUAAUCGACUGCUUGUCACAGAUGCUGUAACAGAUGUUGUACGACUGUCAAAGUUUAGGUUUAGUUUAUUAUCUGUGCACAAAAUAUGCUAAGAACUACUUGUUUAAUUUGAGAUGCAAACCGUUUUGAGACCAAAAUAUGGGUAACUUAAAACUUCAGGUCAUUUAAAAUAGUGAAAGCAAUUGUUUUCCUAAAGGAUUUGAUUAAACUCACCAUCCGUGUUUUGCAAUGAACCAUCCCUGCAAGCAUACAAUGAGAAUUUUCUGUCAAACCUGAAUAUCACCUAAAAAGCAAUAGUAAGCAAUAAGAAAAAUCAAGCUUUUAAUUUAUACUGUAUAUUAAACUAAAAACAUCUGAAAAUAUAUUAAAAAGACUUGUCAGAACAGUUGUAAAUGUAAAAAAUAAUAUAUGAUUGUGUAUGUGUGUGAGUUUGUAUAUGGAAGAGUCUGUGUGUGCAUUUACAGUUGGUUUUUUUUUUCCAGUUUGUUCUUUGUUUGUGCCUUCUUGCUUUCUUAAACUCAGCACUUAGUUGGUCUUCAGGUUCCCUGUUUUUUUUUUUUUUUAUUAUUGUUAUUGGUGCUGGUUUGACAUCUGCAGUAUUUAACUCCAUGAUGAAAGCUAUGCAGCCAUUCUGGGAAUGAGAAAUGAUUUUAAAAAAUGACAGAUAAUGAAUGAAAAGUUUCCUAAAGGGUUAUACGAAAUUAAAAGGAUAUAGGUGCAAAAUGAGCUAAUGUAUGGCUGUAAAUGUAUGAGCAAAAAGCAAAACAGCCUUGUGAAUAAUAUUUUAGCAUGAACAAAAAUGUUCAAGUUAUGAUAUAUUUUUCUAAAAAAAAAAAAAAAAGAAGAAGAAGAAGCACAAAGUGUGAUUCAUUAAAAAUUUAUACUGGAAAAACAGCCUCAAUCGAGUGAUUUCAUUCAUGACUGAAAGAUGUUGUAAACUUUCGACAUAGAUUUGUUUGCAUUUACGUGUUAUGUCUACAGAGGAUGUUAAAUAUUCAGACGGACAGGAAACAUGCGAAUAAAAAGAUUUAAGUAGCCAGGGAGGGGAGGGAAACAGAGACCUGAUACAAAAAGGCCAGGCAGGGUGCUGGAAAAUCAGCAGUGAUCGUUUGCACAUGCCUGGUGGUCUGGAGCUUGUUAGCAAGCUGCUCUUGUCUCAGACUCCUAAAUUCAAAUAAACAGGAGGGCGAUUUCUGGAGGCCCUGCCGUCUCCUGUUUUAGGGCGGUGGGGUAUCCAGAAGGAGGUAGAGAAACAGCCAGAUAAAUUCUCUCUGAUUUGUAAAUGACUCUUACAGAUGGCAUUGUGUGAAUCUAAGACACAAUGCUUCUGGAUUAAAGGAAUAGUUAACCCUGAAAUUAAAGUUUUCUUACCUUUGCAUCCACGCUCAUCAGUGGAUCUUCUGCAGUGAAUGGGUGCUGUCAGAAUGAGAGUCCAAACAGCUGAUAAAAACAUCACAAUAAUUCACAAGUAACCCACACAACUCCAGUCCAUCAAGUAAUGUAUUUUGAAGUGGAAAGCUGCAUGUUUGAAAGAAAACGUUGAUAAACUGUUAAACCAUUGUUUCUGGUUAAAAUAUACCAGUCCAUAAUCCAUAAUAACAAUUCCUCCACUUAAAAAGUCCAUCCCAUGUUGUCCUCUCACUUCAAAAUCCACUAACAUAUGCAUUUAGUUGCUUGUGCUGAACAAUUUAAAGUUAAAAAUCUCUUAAUGGUGGAUUUAUUACACACAUCCAACUUUUCACUUCACAAAAGCCAUCUCAAUUACUUGUGAUGUUUUUAUCCACUUUUU